AUGCUAGAACUCCAUAUCUGGGGUCCCUCCUUCACCCUGCCCUCAAUUUCCCCUCAAUCGCUCUCCACAAUCGCCUAUCUAAGGUUGACCCAACCGCCCACCACCUGGACCCUGAUCCCCAGCAGCAACCCCCUCCUCUCCCCGAGCCGCGAGUUGCCAGCGCUGCGCGAUGGUGCAACCUGGGUUUCUGGCUUCCGUGGGGUAAUAGAGUACCUCUACUGCAAAAACGACUCGGGUUUAGACGAUGCACUGGACGGAGCGCAGAGGGCAGAGGCGUUUGCGUUCGGAAGGUACAUUGAGAGCGAAGGCGGGAGGCUCCUGGACCUAUCAAUGUAUCUGACCGACGGGAACUUUGAUGUCCUGAGAGGAGUGUUUGCCAAAUUACUGCCCGUGCCCGCGAGGUAUUACUUUCCCGGGGUUUUACGGCGGGAGGCGAGGAGGAGAUGCGAUGGUUUGAUUCCUGUCACUUCCUCUGCGAGUGCUUCAGGUGCUGCUAAGCCGCUUCCCCAACCUACGGCAAUGACGGCUACGGCUUUACCCGGGGCCAAGGAGCAGAUUUCGGCGAAGGGCGCGGCAGAGAGGAUCAAGCAGGUAGCGGUUGCAACGGGCUUUCUCCAGACAAUUCAAUCCCUCCUAGGCGAGGGGAGGUUCAUUUUCGGUGACAAACCGAGUUCACUAGAUUGUCUAGCCGUUGGGUACCUAUCGCUCGGGCUAUAUGCGGAAUUACCGAAUGGGUGGUUGAGAGAGGAGAUGGUUGCUCGACAUGGCAGAUUAUGUAGCUAUGUCAAUGAGGUUCGGGGGCGGAUGCUCGGUGAUGGUGUUGAUGUUACGGCGGUAAUGUCUGGACAAGCGACGAUGACAACGCCGUCCGGGAAACUUGCGGGGGGGGGAUUACCAUGGGAGACAGUUGAGCGCAAAGACGUACCCUGGGUUACGGGGCUUUUGCUCAAUAGAGCGAUGGAAAUCGUUGGAAUUACUUGUACGGAAAGAUAUGGAGAUGGGGGAGACAGGGAGGAGAAGACGGAGCAGAUGGAAGGGCGCAGGAUAGAAGCGAGGAGGUUGCAGAGGUGGGAGACUGCGAGGAACGUGGCUGCGGUGGUUGGAUGUGUUGGCGCGUUUAUCGGGUAUUGUGUGUGGAGCGGGUCGAUUGCGAUGGAGUUUGGUGGGAAGGGGAAAUAUGAAGUCGCUGGAGGCAUGGGUGGGGGUGAGGGCGAUGAUGAUGUUGAGAACAAGAUGGGAUUAUUGGAGGGGUUCGGAUCUGCCGAGUCUAUCCUGGGCCUUGGUGGCAGAGGAACAUUCGGCCCCAGAGGAGAGGACGGGAGAGAUGAGGUUAUCGAGUAG